AUGACUGAAGGCAAAGCCAACGAAGUUUCACUAUGGAUUCCCGUCAUCGGUUCUCCUGAAAAGCGAUUGGCUGCAAUAAUCACCAUUCCGAACCGAGAGAGCGUUGAUGAUGCGUUCCUUAAAGGAUUUUCUCCAAGAACCAGAAGACUGGCUAUAUUGAUGCAUGGUCUAGGGGGGCAUAAGAAUUACACUUAUCAUAGAAUACUGGCAGAGAAGUUAGCCCGUGAUUUGGGAAUUUUCAGUCUAAGGUUUGACUUCAGAGGAUGUGGUGAUUCGGAUGACAGCGAUGACGCCAAUGGAAGGGUUCUAGAACGAGAUGUACAUGAUAUCGAGUCUGUAGUCAGAUUCAUAGAACAGGGAGGCUAUGAUGGCAUCAAUUUCACCUUAGAUGCUUUGGUUGGCCAUUCUAGAGGUGCUUUGGCUAUGUUCAAGUGGACCAUUCAGCAUUGGGAAAAGUUCCAAAAGGGGGAAAAAGCGUACAACGUGCCCAAUUUGAUCAAUUGUGGUGGAAGAUUCUUCGGUAAAGGACUAUGGGAAAGGUGUCUUCAUAAUCAUCCAGAUUUUCAAACCACAGGAGGGUUUUAUAUUGAUGCUAUGAGAUAUGGUGUGUACCAAAAGGUAUUCAUCAGCAAGGAAGAAAUCAAGAGUUUAAGUGCUCAGGAUAUGUCUAUUCAGUUUAAGGCCCAUUUUGAGCCCUUAGUGAACGUUAUGAGUAUAUAUGGACUAGAGGACUCCAUUAUUCCCAUGCAGGAUGCUGCUGAGUACGGCAAUGCCCUUGGAUCUUGUCACACCUUGAAAUUUAUCACUGGAGCUGAUCAUAAUUAUUACGGUACAGUCAAAGGUCAUAUACAUCCAGAGUAUCCUUUGAAUAGUCGAGGAUACGUCAACUACAAUUACAAAGUUACUCAGCUAAUACUGAAUUAUCUUUCUCAUACUGAAUCUCUACAUCGUUUCUACAAGUCUACUCAAACGUUGAAAAUUACCCCUCGAUGGAAAAAGGUUGAAGGUAUCCAUAAUUUCAGAUCUUUGGGAGGGUGGAGAAUCGAUAGCAAUCAUUAUGUAAGGGAAGGCCUCAUCUUUCGAAGCGCCAACACAUCAGGGGUUACUUCAAAAGGAAUAGAACAGUUGAGACGUCUGGGUAUUAAAGCUGUAUUUGAUUUCAGAUCAACGGAAGAAAUCAAAAACGACGGAAGAUUUGAUGCCGACCAGAUAGAUUGGAUUCAUGUUCCUGCGUUCAAAGAUGUCAAUCUUUCACCAGAUGCCCUCGUUCUCAGGUACAAGAGUUUAUUGACUUCCUGGGCAACCUAUAAAGAUAUUUACAGUGACACAAUAUAUCAAGGAAAGGCUUCAUUUAAGAAGGUCUUUGAAUUUAUCAGGGAUAAUGAGAACACACCAAUAUUAUUUCAUUGCACUGUUGGAAAGGAUAGGACAGGGCUCAUGGCAAUGCUGAUAUUGUUGCUUGUGGGAGUGGAUGAAACCAUCAUUGCACGAGAAUACGAACUUACAACAUUAGGCCUGGAGCCACUUAAGCCCCAUAUUAAGGAGAAGUAUCGUCACCAGUUGAAGCGUAUAAUUGACAAUCUUGAAAAUGACAAACAAGGAAGAGAAAUCCUAAUCAACCAGAUAACCAAGGGACGAGCAAACUUUGACUUGGAGAACGAUGGGUUUGAAAAUCUUGUCAGUAGUCGAUACGAAGCCAUGUUGGAUACCAUCGAGAUUGUGAACAAGGAGUUUGGCGGGAUUCAAAAUUACAUGGAGGAGCAUCUAGGGUUUACCCCAGACGAUAUUAAAGUUAUUAAACGUAACUUAACCUCAACCUCAGACUCGUAUGAUAUUGCCAAUGAGAUCAGUAAUCUGUAA